UCACCCUUCUACACAUAUAUUGAAGCCCUCUGUUGCCUGAUCCACAACAUCAAUCUAUAUUUACAGUACACAUUGCCAAAGGAUGAAUCCAGAAGAUACAUAUCGGUCUGUGCGGGAACGAUAUGCCGAUGUUGCAAAUCAAACGAACUCCGAUGACCAGAGGAACUAUGAACUGAAGGUCGCAACGGCAUUCGGAUAUGAUCCAGCGGAUUUACGCUCUCUUCCCGACAAUGCCAACCUUGGUGUCAGCUGUGGAAACCCAUUAGCAACGGCUAAUAUCAGUCCGGGCGAGACAGUGGUUGAUCUCGGUAGUGGCGGGGGCAUUGAUGUUCUACUAGCUGCGAAAAAAGUUGGGCCGGAAGGAAAGGCUAUUGGUAUUGAUAUGACAAAGGACAUGCUGGAAUUGGCUCGUCGAAACGCGAAAAAUGCCGGAGCCGCGAACGCAUCCUUUAUCGAGGCGUUCAUCACAUCUAUCCCGUUGCCAUCCUCUACAGUGGACUGCAUCAUCAGUAACUGUGUGGUAAACCUAGUGCCAGAGCCCGAGAAACCUCUUGUUUUUAGUGAGAUAUUUCGUCUGCUGAAGCCGGGCGGUAGAGUUGCAAUCAGCGAUAUCCUGGCAAAACGGGAGCUGCCGCUGGAGAUAAGACAGGAUCUCUCUUUAUAUGUCGGUUGUAUCGCCGGGGCUAGCCAAGUUGGGGAUUAUGAAAGAUAUCUGAAAGAGGCAGGAUUUCAAGAUGUUUUGAUCCUCAAUACCAACAGCGAUCUAAACCUGUACAAGGAAAUGGGGCAGAAAGAAGAUGCGCACGACACACCUGCGACGAGCUCAUGUUGCGGCACUGCAGCUGCUAAUGAAUCGAAGGGAACAUAUAAGUUGACAGAUGUUGAUUUCAACCUUUGGACUGGCUCAUUCAAGAUUUUUGCUAUAAAGCCCAAGCUCCAUUGAAGAGGACAUUGCCAGUCUGUUUGGGCUCGAAAGUGAAGCCCAGAACGCAAACCCUUCGUUUUGUCUAUUAGCCAGCUGGAGAGGCUUAUCACAGUUCCUUGUUGUUUGCCGUACUGGACUUCUCCAAGUGUAAUAAAGGAAACCUCAGCUUGAAUCUUUUAUACCUGCUUCUAGCAUUCCCACAUUGACUGAUGUACUAUCGAUUAUUUUACCGCGAUAAUUAAGGUCUAUUUUGUUUCCCUGGCUCCAUCAAUAGACUGAUAGGCUUCUGUCCUGGUGCUCUGUAAAUCAUCCCUAGCGCCUAUCGCAGGUCGGACCAUCCCCAACAAAACCCCCUAAGGCUUGAAGCAUGG